UCCGAUGCCAGAUAUGGUUAAGGGAGAUAUGCGUCCCCCAGCUCUUCCUCCGCAAGCCCGCAUCCGGCCAGUGGCACGCGCUCAUCCGCGCCUUUGUGCCUCGCGGAGGACACGAACUGCCUCGCACCGUCACCGCUCGAAGCCCGGGUGAUGCACGGAGUUGAGGGUGGCGGCUCCGCCCCGCCUUCUACCGACGACAGCGGCGGCGCCCCGGGGGACGCCUUCCUCCGCCACCCUCGGCCCGAACCGACGGCGCCGCCUGCGGUCUCAUGCCCCCCGGAAGAUCGCCCGCGCUGCUUCCAUUUCCUCCCGCACACGCUCAUCCGUCCCCACCCGCCUCCGCAGCCGGUGGAACCACAACCAACGCCACUGCCGGUCGCGCCGAUGGUGGACAUUCGCGUACCUACUUUUAGGGUGCCCAUCCCCCGAGACUUGCCUCCCGGUCCUUGGGAGCCUCUGGAGAUCUCUCAUCCUCUGGUAUCCCAUCCCCGUUGCUCUGUUCAAUACGGUAGCCAGUUGGAGCAUGUCGGCAAUCAAAAUGCCCCUCGUGGAAGUAAUUCUCGAGGUAAUCGACGGCCGAAACAUCAGAAUGUGGUCUCCACCACUCAAAAGUACGACAAUAGAAGUUAUUCAUUUUCUUGGGGACAUGGAGAGACGAGCGAGGCAAAUGGCCGAGUGGGUUAUGGGAACUGCGUGUCUGGCGCUAAUGCGAAGGUCGAUCCUAGAUUUGGUGAUCGAAGGAAUGCCUGCGGUGAUCCUGCAGAAUAUAACCGCUCGCAAAUGGGGUAUCAAUACGAGAAGAAGCGCAUGAAUCUGGGCGGUCACCGGCAUUCCAUUUCUUGGAAGCCAAAGGUAAUUGAACAGAGCAGACCGCAGGGCUCGGCGCAGAAGCAAAAGGUUAAGGUAGAAUGGGUUGCUGUGACUAGGAUGAAAGACGAGAAUCAUAAGUUGGAAAUGGGAGAUAAUAGUCAGCAAGAAGUAAAAGAUGGUGACGUGCUGCAAAUUCAAACUUGUAAUCACCUCGAUCGGAGCAAAUGUGAGCUAGAGGGCAAUAAUCUUCCAAUUGAGGAAUCAUUUGUGGAAGAUCAUCUUAGUUGGUUACUGCCUGAGGCUUUUGAAGAUUGGAAUUCAUCUGGAGUGGAAUCUGAAGGGCACAAAGAAACUGAAGACUUGUCAUCUCAAGGAGGUGCUAGUCAAGAUGAUGCCUUACCUGUGGAACAAUCUGAUUCUCUGAUGCUUAAAGGCGACCAUGAUAAAAGAAAAAAUGUGAAGAGACAUUUCCCAACUCCACUGGUUGAGCGUGUUGGAUCAUAUUCUCUUAGAGGACUGCAAGUAUCAAGCCAGUACAUGAGGAAUAGUAGAAGACAGAUAGAUUGUCGCCCUGACAUAGAGACUUUGACACCUGGCUUCCUUUCAGUGUACAGGUCUUUGAUACCAGCAGAUGAUGAAAAAGAUAAACAAAAUCAAAUAUUGAAAUCACUAGAAAAAUCAAUCAACAAAGAGUGGCCCAAUGCCAGGUUGCAUCUCUAUGGAUCCUAUGCUAAUUCUUUCGGGUUCUCAAACAGUGAUAUCGAUAUUUGCCUUGCAAUUGAUGAUAACACUAUCAGGAAGCAUGACAUGGUGUUAAAACUGGCAGAUAUUUUAUGGUCAGAAAAUUUUCAAGAUGUAGAGGCCAUCACCAAUGCUUGGGUUCCUAUUGUUAAGAUGAGAGAUCCACAAACAGGGAUCUCUUGUGAUAUAUGUAUCAACAAUCUUUUAGUUGUCGCCAAUACAAAACUUCUUAGAGAUUAUGCUCGGAUAUAUGAUAGGUUGCACCAAUUGGCCUUUAUUGUGAAACACUGGGCAAGAUUGAGGGAGGUGAACAAGACUUACGGAGGCACCCUGUCUAGUUAUGCGUAUGUGCUUAUGUGCAUUCAUUUCUUACAGCUGCGCAAACCAGCCAUUCUUCCUUGUUUACAGGAAAUUGAAGCAACAUAUGUGUUGACUGUGGAAGAUACUGAAUGUGCUUACUUUGAUCAAGUUGAGAGACUCCAGGGUUUUGGUGCUCAAAAUGAGGAAAGUAUUGCACAAUUAGUUUGGGGUUUCUUCCAAUACUGGGCCUACUAUCACAAUUAUAAAAGUGACGUGAUAUCUAUACGCACGGCGACCAUCAUCAGCAAGCAAAUGAAGGACUGGACUCGACCAGUUGGGAAUGACCGUCAUCUGUUAUGCAUCGAGGAUCCUUUCGAGACCUACCAUGAUCUUGGUCAUGUAGUUGACAGGCGCAGCAUUAAAAUUCUGAGGGAGGAAUUUGAGAGGGCUGCGCGGAUACUACGGUAUGAUCCAAACCUCUGCAUGACUCUUUUUGAGCCGUAUGAACCAAGUUUGAAGCAAAAUUGACUAUGCUUUGAACUGCCUCGGAAGAGAUUUGACCUCUGGAAUCUCUUUCCGUGUUUUCUCCCCUUGUGGUUGGGAGGAGCAAUUUGAUAAGCAGCAUAAAACGUGCUUCCAAUUUGAUACAAAGGUAAAUCAUUACAUUGAAAGUCUCAAUUAUGUUUACAUUGAUGCCAAAUGACUCAACAA